CUCUUCACGCAGUACAACAUCCAGAAGAAGGCCAUGACGGUCCGCGAGUUCAGAAGAAUCGCCAACAGCGACAAGUACUGCACACCCCGCUACACAGACUUUGAAGACCUUGAACGCAAAUACUGGAAGAACCUUACGUUCAAUGCCCCUAUUUAUGGUGCUGAUGUUAAUGGCACACUCUAUGACAAGCAUGUAGAUGCGUGGAAUAUUGGCAGAUUAAACACGAUCCUGGAUAUUGUGGAGAAUGAAAGCGGCAUAACCAUUGAAGGAGUAAAUACUCCUUACCUGUAUUUUGGCAUGUGGAAAACUUCCUUUGCUUGGCAUACCGAGGACAUGGAUCUCUACAGUAUUAAUUACUUGCAUUUUGGGGAACCCAAGUCAUGGUACUCUAUCCCUCCAGAGCAUGGGAAGCGACUGGAGAGACUUGCAAAAGGUUUCUUUCCAGGAAGUGCCCAAAGCUGUGAAGCAUUUCUUCGUCACAAGAUGACCCUCAUCUCUCCAUCAAUUCUGAAGAAAUAUGGCAUCCCAUUUGAUAAGGUGACACAGGAGGCUGGAGAGUUCAUGAUAACCUUUCCUUAUAGCUAUCAUGCUGGCUUUAAUCAUGGCUUUAACUGUGCUGAAUCUACCAACUUUGCUACUCUUCGGUGGAUUGAGUAUGGGAAGCAGUCUGUACUGUGCUCGUGUCGGAAGGACAUGGUGAAGAUUUCCAUGGAUGUGUUUGUGAGGAAGUACCAGCCAGAUCGUUACAAGCUUUGGAAAGCUGGGAAGGAUGUGACUGUCAUUGACCAUGCUCUCCCAACCCCAGAGGCGGCAGAGUUCCUUAAAGGGGAUCUUAUGCAAAAAGUCAAGAAUGGGAAACAGUGUGCUGAGGAAAUGGAGACAGGGGAGAUGUGUAAAGAAGAGGUGGACGGGGAUGAGAUGAAAAGCGUCCCCAAGCAUCGCAUAGGAACAAAACGACACAGGGUCUGUCUGGAAGUGCCUCAGGAGGUCAGUGAGAGCGAGGCCUUCCCCAAGGAGGAGCUGAGCUCUGCGCAGUAUGAAGCGGACAUGGCAGCGUCUCGUGAGAGACCUACGAGUGAACUUGUGCAGCAAGGUGAACAAAGGCUCAAGCUUCCAGAUCGUAUGGACUCAGCCAAACUUGAAGAACUGAAAACAGUGAAGCUUGAAGAGGAAGAACAAGAAGCAGCUGCAUUGGAUCUCUCCAUUUCACAUGCUUCAAACUCCGCUUCAGUGUUGCCAGCUUCAAAGCAGAGUGCAACAUCCAGUGUUCAGUCCAGCUCGCCUGCGUAUUCUGGUUCUUCAGACUCUGAAUCAACUGAUCUGUUGGCAAAACGAACUCUUCCUGGGCCGGCUGGGGUGCUUACAGUCCAUAGCUAUGCUAAAGGGGAUGCUAGCGGAUCUGACAAUGAACAGACUUCAGGAAAGAAAGCCAGUGCCACGUCCAGUGUGAAUGAGCAAGAACUGGCAGAGGUAGCAAAGGAGUACAUAAGAUCGAUGAAGGAGAGUAAGAAGUCCAAGGGUCGUCGCCAGCCGUUGAGCAAGCUCCCACGCCAUCACCCGCUGUUGGUUAAAGACUGCAUUAGUGAUGAUGAGGCAUCAGAGCAACUAACUCCUGAAGAAGAGGCUGAGGAGACAGAAGCAUGGGCCAAGCCACUUAGCCAGCUGUGGCAGAAUCGGCCACCGAAUUUUGAGGCUGAAAAAGAAUACAAUCGGACUAUGGCUCAGCAGUCUCCUUACUGUGCUGUUUGUAUGCUAUUCCAGACAUAUCAGGCAGAGUGUGGAGGCAACAGUCAAAACUCUGGAGUAAAUCCAGCUGCUGUGGAUGGGAAGAUACGAACCAAACCCCUGAUUCCUGAAAUGUGCUUUACUACAACUGGCUGCAGCACUGACCUCAAUCUUUCAACUCCCUACUUAGAGGAAGACGGAACCAGCGUACUCAUCACCUGCAAGAACUGCAGUGUCUGUGUUCAUGCAA